GCCCACCAGGAGGAAGUGUGACAGGAAAACAACGUGUGAGGGAUAAUCCAGCAGGAUGGCUGCAGCUCGGUGCGUUUUGUUAGAAUUUGAGGGGCUCGUUAUGUAAGAGAUUAGCGGCGUGAGAAGGUGGAAAUGUUGGAGCGGACAGCCUGAGCAGACAGACCGUCAUGUGGCUGCUGGCGGAGGGUUGACAGCAACCGGAGCUCCACCGACACCAAGCCUCCGUGUCACCGAGCAGCGGGCUGCUGGCCAACAUGCCAACCUUUUCGGUCAUGUUUAAAGGAGCAGUGAUCAUCAGCAGGACACUAAUGGGCCCAUACGGAGUGGACAGAGCUGUCCAUUCUAUGGAGUUUGUUGACUGUGAAAAUGGACUUGGAAUUAAAGUCAUCGGUGGUGUCAAGGAGCAAACAGGAGAAGAGUUUGGAGUCUACGUCAAAAGGAUUUUACCUGGUGGCCUUGCUGCAAUUGAUGGAAACUUGUUGCCUGGAGACCAGAUCCUGGAGGUAAAUGGAGACAGUCUAAUAGGAGUCACAAGUGAAAGAGCUGUGGAUAUCCUGAGAACAGCAUCUGCUACCAAUCACAUGCGACUUCUCAUAGCCAGAGACGAAGAGGCAAAGAGAGAUUUUGCUGAGCUGCUGGAGAAAUAUGGUUCCAACGGCAGCACGGGAUCAACCCGUAACUCACCUGUUCAGCAAGGAGGUCGCUACCUGGACAGCACGUCGUCUGGCUCCUCAUCGCGCUCCCAGAGCCCGCUGAUGCUGAGCCCUGCGAGCUCUCAGACUGUUUACAACAACGGAGGCUCCAUGAUGCGCUCUCUCAGUCACCCAGGAGAAGGCGUGAUUCAGCUCAUCUCCGUGGCUCGGUCCAACAGUUUAGGAAUCACCAUCGGAGGGGGUUCUAACCGGCCUGAUGGACCUGCUGUCUUCAUCCAGGAGGUUCUGUCUGGAGGAGAUUGUCACAAGGAUGGACGUCUGAGGCCAGGAGAUCAGCUGAUUGCCAUCAACAAAGAGUCUUUAAUAGGUGUGACCCAUGAGGAGGCCAGAAGCAUGUUAAACAAGGUGAAAAUCAGUCAGGACAGCAUGGUGGAGAUUGCCUUCAUCCCAGGUAAAGGACUUUUUCCAAGCAGCACGUCUCUGCACAAUGGAGUUCAGCGAGCUGCAGGCAACAGCUACAACUCAGGACGCCUUAAAGUCCACAUCAGGUCACCUGAGAUCUGUGCAGAGGAGCCAGCUCCAGUGUCCUCACCGUCUCCUGACAUCUGUCCAGCUGAUACUCAUGUCUCAGGCUCCACCAAUCAGAGGUCACUGACAGUAGCAAAGCCGAGGAUAACCCUGGACCCAUUCAUACGUCUGAAAUCAGACAAGUUGGACAUGGCGCUGUCGUUCCUCGGCCUGGAUGCCAGUGAGGAGAAGAGGAAGAAGCUGAAACAAAGUCUGAUCCCAGACCCACAAGGCACAGUGGCUUAUGGAGACUUUGUGGAGGCAUCCCAGAACAUCUUCCAGGAGGAACUGGAGGAGCUAGCUUUGGGGUCGGGUCCCUUCACAUUCUCCUACAGCGAAGCAGCCAGUCUAAUGGACACGUCCGCCUUCCACUCACCUACGUAUGAAUCAGAAAGCAGCUACAGCAGUGAGGAGAUGGAGCAGUUUCAGACCGAGGUGAAGCAGCUGCAGACUCAGAUGAAGCAGCUCAAGGUGAUGUUGAAGGAGAUGGAGCUCAGCAAGAAAAGUCUUGAAGAACAGCUGCAGAAGACUUCAGAGAAAGCUUGUCUGACUGUGGAGGAGAACGCCCGUCUGAAGAGCCGUCUGCAGGCAGCAGAGGCUGAGGUGGUACAGCGGCAGACCGGCGGUGCUGAGCAGGACUAUGAGGAGGUGAUCCAGCUGCUGGAGGCUGAAAUCGAAGACCUGAAGAACCAGCUGGCUGGUAGGAGACCGGGGCGUUUGCUGGACGCCACCAAGGAGAGCCCAAAGCAGGAAGAGGUUGUGGAAUUGAACAGGAGGUUGACAACCAUUGAUUCUCAGCUGAGAAAGUCUGAGCUGAGCAGAAAGCAGCUGGAGAUCUCUAACAAGAAGCUGCUGGGCUUUGCUGAGAACGUCCACAAAGUGCUGACUACACCCAGUCUGCAUGGAGGCGAGGGCGGGAGCAACGGGUUGUUUCCAGCUACAGAGAGCUCCACAGUCCCAUCACCACACCCUGACCCCACCUUCCGGCUGGCUGCAGAGGCCAAGGAGCUGGUGGGUGGGGGGUGUACUGCCACUGCUGAAGACAAAGCUUUAGAUGCGAUGUCUCAUCACGUGUGAGUCUCCAUGAGCCAACGCUGCCACGACAGAGAAAAUCCUUCCACCACUGGGACGAAGCAGCUCCACCUCAGAAAACACAACAUGACUUCCACAAACCCAAACUUCAGUGACAGAUCCUGUUUUUAGGGCAGAGUUGACGUCGUCAGCGUCCUGCCAAAAUGUUUUACAGCCGCUGGUGUUGAGUGCACUGCAUGACCUAGUGCAUAACACACACACACACACACACACACACACACACACACACACGCUGCUGCUAGUAACCCUUCCUGAUGUCUUUUGUAACCCUGCACACUCACAGGACUGCAUGUGAAGGUGCGUUCGCUUAGACGGGACAGUCCACAGCCGUCUCUGCUCGGACAUGAGAGGUUCUGAGCUGCUGAGUCUCUCAGCCAAGGUGAGUGCUACUUUGGACAAUAUCCGGGUAACGGAACCACGGCAUCGCCUUAAGACUUUUUCAAGAGAAAAAAAAAGCCUGUUUGUUUCUGACCACCACUUCUAAGCCUCCGACUCACAACCCACGGUGUAGAGCUGAAGGGGCCUCUUGGAUGAGAAGCUAAGCAUCUCCAAGAUAAGCAGAAGAGUCCAGCUGUUUUCAGUUUACCCUCUCAUGAUGAUCGCGUCCAGGACGACAGACGCUACGCCGCCAUGCUGCAGCGAGUCAGUCAACAGGACAUCACUUGCAUGCAGCUGCUGUCAGGAACCAACAGACUGGAGCAGAAAGUCACAGCAGUCUCGUCGUUGCAUGUUGAGGUUUAUUUAUCACCGGUAGGGGGCUCCUGCUGAGAGCAGUGGGCGGAGCCUAGUGUCUUCCACCACUGACGAAAGCUGCUCAUCCAGCACCAUGGUGACCUAUGCUGCUCCGGCUCCGCCCACUGCUUAUUCGUGAAAAAUCAUGUUAAAUCUGCUGCGAUGACACGUUUUAUCAAGCUUCCCCGCACGGUACGUUUUUCUGCAAGAUGCAAAACCUUUCUUCAUUCUCACAGACGCAGAGGUUCUGCCAAGUCUUCGCCGCUGCCCACCAGCGCUGUGCGGAUGAAGGGAGAUGCUACGCUGCACGUAGUCUCUGCAGGCUUUGAUCAGACUCGCGUGUUUUUCAGAGAUAACCAUCAGCUGCCGAUCCAUCAGAGCAUCCCUGAAGCUACGUGUUGGAACAUUUUGUGGCAUUAAAAUAUCUGGCUGUGUAAUUUAACCAGACAAUGUCUUUGGUGUGGCCUCAUGUUCUUUCUGCUGUUUUAUAUUAAAGGAAUAAUCAACUGGA